AUGAAGUAUAAACACAAAAGAAUUUACUGGAUCCAGAGUCAGCUUUGGAAAGUGAAGCAAAGAGAGGAGAAAAGAGCGAGCCCUUUGGAGCUUCAGAGUCCUGUGAAAUGUUUGGGUGAGAUCCAGAAAAAGAAGGGCUUAAAUGUUUCAUCACGCAGGAAAGUCUUAGAAGAAAAAAGAGGUGCACAGACAUUUCUCUGUUUGGCCACUGCAGCUAUGGACCUACGGACACAACUGGAGAGCACAACUGAGAGGAACUGGAAUAAAGAGAAGAUGGAGCUUCUGGAGCGCUUUGACAAUGAAAGAAAAGAGUGGGAAUGCCAGUGGAAGGUCAUGCAGAAGAAAAUAGAAGAGCUUUACCAGGAGGUAAAAUUAAGGCGUGAGAGCAAUAUGAAUGCCUCUGAGACUAAGGCCAUUCAUAGCAAGGCACAGACACGACCCAUACAUUCCCCCUCUUCAGUAUGGAGUGACACACCAGGACUGAACUCUUGUUCAGCAGACAAAGAGAGUUUUCUCGGCAAGGCAGAAAAGGAGAGCAAGGAUGCGAAAAACAAGGGAAGAAACCAUGCUUUUGCAAAUGAUACUCUGGCCCUUGAGAGUUACAAGGAAUCUGAAGAUUGCCCAGGCUUGAAAACAACCAAGAAUUACACACAGGAUCUCAAUAUUGCUCUUAAAGAACUUGCCAAAGUAAGCGAAGACUUGUGCAGCUACCAAGAGGAAAUCCGCAAGAAGUCCAACCACAAAAGAAAGAAGUUGUUUCCUUUCCUGGGAGAAUCUGCCGAAACUGAAAACGCACUGAUCACACAAGAGACGAACCAUGGGCGUAACCAUGACCCACAAACAAUUUCAAUUGCAUUUGAUACAGAAGAGCAAAACAACAAGAAGAACUUGAUGGGCAUUAGCAGGUGCUCAAAGGAGAUGCCAUUGAGCGCUCUUGCUGGAGUUGAGAAAACAGGCUUUUUUCCCUGGCAGAAAAGAGAAGCCCCUCCUGUGCCUCCAAGAAGCACUUCCCGGCACUUGGCCAGCUCUCUCGCACAGGUUUCUGAAGCAUUAGCAAAAGAAACAGGGCAGAAAAGCAGUUGCGAGACCCAGGAGGACCAGGAAGAAAGUGCAUUGACUCGCCUGCCUUUUGCAAAGCAAUGUGAUGCUCCAAUGCCACUGACAAAUGAAUGGAAAUCUGUUAGUGGGCCUGCUAUGGCUACCACAGUACCCACUGAGAAAAGGGAUCAGUCCCUUGAAUGCAAGCUGCCUGCAGGGUUUUCUCAUAACACUUGGUCUCAUGAUGGAAGUAAGGUUGGGAAUAGUCCUAAAAAGGACUCUGCCUCACAUUCUGUCCAGAAGAGCUGUUCUGACGGAAAUAUGGUGCCCCAGAAACAACAGCAUCCUAUAUCGCAAAGCAGUGUGCAUUAUAGCAGUGACUUAUAUGCCCCUGUGUGCAACACCCUGGGUGAUUCUGGCUAUGGAACUGGAAAGACUCAACGAAAUGAAACGCUGGAGGCAAAAAUUGAUGAGUUCAACAGAACCGUGUUUCACACAGAUAAAGGCCACAAGUGUGUGGAACGGAACCCCGUGGUGCCAGUGCUGUCUGGAGACCCCAAACCCCGCCCCAUAGUUCAGGACGGUGUGGCCAGCAGGGCGCAAAAGGAAGAGCCAGCCUGUGUUCUGAAUCCCAGGCUCUCUUCAAGAAUGGACGAGAAAGCCUCCAAGCCCAGCAAAAAUGCCAAAGCCACAGGGCAGCAGAGGCAGCUCAAUGGACUCCUAAGUGGUUACCAGCAUAUGCUCCAUGAACACGACUGGAAGCCAAGCAAUUUGUCCGGCCGCCCGCGAUCCGCAGACUCCAGAUCCAACUAUGGGGUUGUCGAGAAGCUUCUGAAGAACUAUGAAAAGUCAACCGCUGCAUGGAACUCAAAGCUCCACAAAGAGCGCUGGCUGCCGCCCAGUUCGGAAUUGGCGGGUGGCAGCUGCGAGAAAUUGGGCCACUAUUUUGAAAUGCUCCAGACAGAUCAAGGGAAGCAGGAGCAGCCAAAUAAUUCAACCCGGCACGUGGGGCUUUAUGCCAAGCAUGGCAAAGAGAAGCAGAAAUUUCCCGAGGCUGCCCUUCUGAGCAAAACUCCUCCAGGGUCUAAAGAUCUUGAUGCACAUAGAGAGAACAAAGAGGAGAAGCUUGCCAUGUUCCUUUAA